AUGCUCUGCGGACACAUGGCCGGAGGUGCCCAUGGGAUCCUGUCUCUGCUGACCGUGGUGUUCGUCCUGCCAGAGGUGUCUGGACUCCAGUGUUAUGGCUGCAACAUCGUGGUUGGCACCAAAAACGUGGACAUGGGGUGCUCCAACCCCGAGGUGAUCACCUGCUCCCAGUCCCACCAGGGCUUCAAGCACCGCUUCUGCAUUAAAACAGAGAGCGUGGUCCUGGGCAUCCUGCUGACCAGCGGCUGCGCCACCUCUCGCCACUGCCAGCAGCAGGAGCUGCCGGGGGUCCGCAUCCACUGCUGUGACACCGACCUGUGCAACGGCUCCCCCAGAGCCCCCCGGCCGCCCCCCGGCCACCUCCUGCUGCCCUGCAUCCUCGCUGCCCUGCUCCUCUCCUGAGCCCCCCCCGCGCCCGGGGGAUGCGGGGUGCUCGCGGGCUGGGUGCUGGCAGCUGGGGUGCCCCCCUCGCUGCUCCCGCGGGGAGGGGGGCACCCCUCCUCUCCCCUCUCUCAAUAAAAGGUGCGAACGCC